UUACUACGAGGAAGUUUUAGGGAUUUGAAUGUUUACUCCUUUGGCAUUUUCAUAAAUGACUUUUCAUCCCACCUUCAUUUUCUAUUUAAUAAGCAGUUUUUUAACGAAAUGAAGAUUAGGAUCGCUAGUAGGCAAAGUUUUUCAGUCACAUUUCUUUUACGUCGAGCUGUAAUUAUAUCUUCUGGAAUUGGUUCCAAAUUUGUUGGUUUUUAUACCGUUAGAUUAAAUUUAUUGAUAUUUCGAAUGAACACAUUUUUUUAUUUUCCAUAA